AAGUACUUUUAAAGUGUUUUACAGUGUUCUUUUUUUAAUAAAACGGGGACAAAUAAAUUUAGGACUACCGACUCAACAGCGCACGUGGGCACGUUUCCAUACUCUCUUGCUGUUUCGUUCUUUUCGAAAUUGUUUUGACCAAAGGCUCACCGCUGUUCUUGAGGUCAAGAUUACGUCGGCCAAACACAAAAUUUAUUUAACAUGAGUGCUUACAAAGACGCCGGAAAGGUCCCACAGGGCGAGCAAGAAGUACAGAUCCAUAAAAUCCGGAUAACGCUGACUUCUCGCAACGUCCAGAGCUUGGAGAAGGUAUGCAGUGACCUUAUCAAAGGGGCAAAAGACAAGCAACUGCGUGUCAAGGGACCAGUUCGCAUGCCCACCAAGGUUCUUCGCAUUACUUGUCGUAAAACACCGUGUGGUGAAGGUUCCAAGACUUGGGAUCGAUAUCAGAUGAGGAUCCACAAGCGAUUGAUUGAUCUUCACAGUCCAUCAGAAGUUGUGAAGCAAAUUACAUCCAUCAGCAUUGAACCUGGUGUAGAGGUUGAAGUCACAAUUGCUGAUGUUUAGAUCCCUAAGUCGAUAAUAAAAGCACCAAGCUAUA